GUGAAUUUCCUUUCCCCACAAUUGUUUAAGCUGUGCAUAUGUUAAUAUAUUUCACAAUGUUGUUAUGCAAUUUUUAAUUGUAUUAAAGAAUGUAUGUAAAUACAAAUUCUGUAUUGUAUCGUUGUGCUUGAUAACUUUAAAUAAGUAUUGAAAAUGUAGCAGAAAUCAAGAAAUAGGUUAAUAUUAAGGGUGUAAUCAUUAUUGAAUUGAUAAAUUUAUGUAGUUAUUGAACGAAAUGAUAUAAACUUGUAAUACGAUGGACCCAUUGGUUAGCUUUUUCGAUCCAGAUGAUUGCAGUCCAAACUGCGUGCAACAAACAAACUUACAUAAUAUAAAUCAGAAUGUAUUACCUCCUGAACCACAAGUAGGAAAUAUAGAAUAUAAACUUAAGAUAAUAAACCCAUCAAAGCAAAGAUUUGAACACCUGGUUACACAGAUGAAAUGGAGGCUAAGAGAAGGUCAAGGAGAAGCAAUUUAUGAAAUUGGUGUUGAAGACACAGGCGCUCUUACAGGACUGUCGUGUAAUGACAUGACUGCUAGCCUGCAGACAUUGAAACAAAUGGCAUUAAAGUUGGGAGCUACAACAACAAUUCUUAGGGAUAGAGUUUUAGAAAAUAAUAAAAUUGUAACAGAAGUCCUUGUUAGAAAGGUGCCAGAUGAUCAAAAUAAUAUUGAAAUUAGAGUUGCAGUUCUUGGUAAUGCAGAUGCUGGAAAAUCAACACUUCUAGGAGUUUUGACUCAGGGUCACCUGGAUAAUGGAAAUGGCAGGGCUAGAUUAAAUAUGUUUCGGCAUUUACAUGAAGUUCAAAGUGGUAGAACUUCAUCAAUUUCUCAUGAAAUACUUGGCUUUAAUUCUCAGGGUCAAGAAAUAAAUUACAGCUAUAGUGAUCUUAUGACAGCAGAAGACAUCUGUGAAGAAUCAAAUAAAUUAAUUACGUUUUUAGACUUGGCUGGUCAUAAGAAAUACAUUCGUACUACAAUUCAAGGGCUCUCUGGCUAUUUACCUCAUCAUGCUAUGUUAGUGAUAUCAAGUUCUGCAGGAGCUGUAGGAAUGACUCAGGAGCAUUUAAGUAUAGCAGUUGCACUUAAAGUUCCUUUUUUUAUUGUUAUAACUAAAACUGACUUGGUAAGUCCUAGAAGUACUUUGCAAAGUUUGGAAUCAUUUUUAAAACAAGUGGGUUGUCAAAAAGUACCCUUGAUUGUUAAGAACAUUGAUGAUGCUAUAACUGCGGGAGCAAACCAACUGAAGGACAAUGUGGUGCCAAUUUUCUGUGUGUCUAGUGUUACAGGGGAAGGACUGAAAUUACUGCUAAAAUUUUUGUUUGUUCUACCCCCCGGUUUAGGCAUAAAUGAAAGAGAAAGGCUGGAACAAGAACUCCCCGAGUUUCAGAUAGAUGAAAAUUUUCGGGCAGGUGAUGUUGGUCAAAUAGUGGGAGGAUUAUUAACAAAAGGAGCAAUAACAGAAGGAAUGCAUUUAAACAUUGGCCCACAUAAAGAUGGAUCAUUUACCACUGUUACCGUACAAUCAAUACAUCGCAAUAAGGUGCCUUGUCGAAUGGUUAGAGCAGGUCAAAGUGCAGCUAUUUGUCUAAAUAGACAAAUAGAUGAUCUUAGAAACGGCAUGUUUCUUUUAAGUACUGAAGACAAAGCAGCUGUAGGCUGCUUUUAUUUUCAAGCUAAUAUAUGUGUUCUAUUUCACUCCACUGCAAUUUAUUGUGGUUUCCAAACAACAGUAUUUAUAGGAAACAUUAGACAAACUGCUAUUAUUGUCGGCAUUUUUUCUUCCGACUGUAUACAUACAAAUGAAAGAGAUUCUGUUUUAUUUAAAUUUACUAGACUUCCAGAACAUGUUCGAAUUGGACAGCGUUUGCUUUUCAGGGAAGGAAGAACAAAAGGAAUCGGAGAAAUCACACAAGUGUUUCCGUGUAGCUGAAUACAAAAGAUUUUGUAUCCUUAUAGUUUAAAAAUAACAUAUCAAUAGCAUACCGCUACUAUUAUGUUGUAGAUCACGGGAUAAAAAGUAAUUUAUAGGUAUUAAGAGAAAGCACUUGUGAUUUAAAUUACUCUUAAAAUUUAUGUUAAAAACCCAAAACGCAACACAUUAAAAUAACAGUUCAGUUGAUAAUAUAGAUCCUUCUGUUCCAUAUAUUUAUCAUAAGUUUUUGUUUGUAUUUAUAAGGAUGAUUGUUAUGAUAUUCGCGAUUUAACUAUUUUUUUAUGUGUGUUUUAAUCAUUAACUUUUAAUAGAUGUUUCAAUAAAU